AUGCCGGAGAUGGAGCGACCAAGCGCAAGCUAUAUUGUCGACAUGCAACCCCCAGCAGCGCGGGUCGCGAGUGCUGCAGAGUCGAUACCAGCCAAAGCCGUACAUUCUUCCCUUAACAAGGUUAAGCACCCCAUCAACGUGGUUAAGUGGACACCAGAAGGUCGACGACUACUCACAGGCUCGACGAGUGGCGAGUUUACACUGUGGAAUGGUAUGGGCUUCAACUUUGAGACAAUCAUGCAGGCACACGAGGCUGCUAUUCGCGCCGUGGAAUACACUUCCACCGACGACUGGCUCCUUUCGGCAGACCAGACGGGUGUGGUCAAGUAUUGGCAAACCAACUUUAACAACGUCAAGGAAAUACAAGCACACACCGAAGCGGUACGGGGACUAUCGAUAGCACCCACAGACACCAAGUUUGUCACAUGCGCCGACGACACCACACUGAAGAUCUGGGACUUUGCCUCUAGCACAGAAGAGUUGACGCUGACGGGGCAUGGAUGGGAGGUCAAGUCAGUCGACUGGCAUCCACACAAAGGGCUGCUAGUAUCGGGGUCAAAGGAUCACCAAGUCAAGUUCUGGGAUCCGCGAACAGGGCGCUGUCUUACGACGCUUCAUGGACAUAAGAAUCCAAUAUCAAAAACCAUGUUCGAGCCCGUACAAGGAAACAUGCUAGCAACAUGCGCCCGUGAUCAUACCGCCCGAAUUUUUGAUCUCCGAAUGAUGCGCGACGUCUUACUGCUCAAGGGCCACGAAAAGGACAUCAUCACCAUGGCCUGGCAUCCCAUGCACAAAAACUUGCUGUCGACUGGUGGUGUCGAUGGAAGUAUACAUCACUAUCUUCUCGACGAGCAGAACCCUCCAGCAGGAGUGGCUCCCUCGAUAUCGCCUUACGACGCCGCCGACUCGCAAAACGCUCCCUCACAAACCAUAUAUCCCGCACACAGCCUCCAGUACGCCCACGACUUUACCGUUUGGACCAUGGACUGGCAUCCUCUGGGCCAUAUCCUCGCAUCUGGCAGCAAUGACAGGGUCACUCGCUUCUGGACCCGGCCCCGACCCGGCGACACAAACUACGUCAACGACCGGUAUCACAUUGGCCAAGCCGCCGCCGAAGCACAGGGUACCUUUGACCGUGGCCAGGGCCGGCGGCAAAAGAUGGAAGAAGAAGAGCAGGAAGCUGAAGACGAAGCAGAAGGUCUCGUCGACCAGAAGAUGCCAUCCCGCAACCCCGGUGGCGCUCCUUUUCUCCCGCCAGGUCUUUCACUACCUGGACUCAGCGCAGCACCAGACGGAACAUCGAGCUCGCUACCAGGAAUCGGGGGCGGUGGUCAUCCCCCUAUCCCACCCCCACCGGCGGGCAUGCCAUUCCCCCCUCAACCAGGCCAGCCAGGCGCUCCCAUGCCCCCCUUCCCCGGCGGCAUGGACCCCUCGCGCCUCCACCAGCUCAUCGCCUCAGGCACAUUACCACCCCCACCCAUCCCCCACCACGGCGGACCACAACAAAACCAAAACGGCCCUCCACCUCCCUUCCCCCCUGCAAACUUCCCUGGCUUCCCACAAGGCAUGCCGCCUGGUAUGCCACCGCUUCCCCCAGGUAUGCCGCCACCACCAGGUUUCCCGGGCUUCCCCCUCCCACCCGGUGGUAUGGCUGCCCCGCCACCGGGUUGGCCUGUCUCACAGCCUCCUCUUCCUCCUCCUCCUCAACAGCUACAGCUACCGCAACAGCAACAGCAACAGCCGCAGGGUGGGCCGGUCGGCGGUGAUGCAUCGGUUCGCAAGAGGGCGCCAUUGCCGGAUCAGCAUGACGCGCUCAAGAUGGAAAUGUCGCAGGGGAGGUAUCGUAAGGCGAGGUAG